AUCACUUUCAAAUAGUCAUGACGGAAGAGGGAGCCGCCCUCAAGAUCAUCAGGGACCUGAAAGCUGCCAUCUAUGCUGUCCUUCAGGGAUACCGGGGUGGCCAGCAGGCAGUGACAGACGCCAGCGCCGAGCUACACAGACUCUGUGGCUGCCUGGAGUGGCUGCUGCAGUUUGACCAGAAAGAGCAGAAGCGUUUCCUGAAACCUCGGAAGGACUACUGGGACUUCCUCUGCACUGCCCUGGGGCGGCAGCGGGGGGACACGGAGUCCACCCGCUUUGUUCACUCACAGGACAAGCUGAAGACCCCGCUGGGAAGAGGCCGCGCCUUCAUCCGCUUCUGCCUUGCCCAUGGGCAGCUGGCUGAGUCCCUGCAGCUCUGCCUCUUGGACCCGGGGUUCACCAGGGAAUGGUACGGCCCCCGGAGCCCCCUGGUGUGCCCCGAACUCCAGGAAGACCUCCUGGACUGUCUCUAUGCUCUCAAUGAGGUGUCCUUCGACUUAGAGCUGCAGCGUCCUGACCUGGAUGGGGCCUGGCCCAUGUUCUCAGAGUCCAGCUGCUGCAAUUCCAGACUGACCAAGGGAAGAAGACCCAGAAAAAUCAAAGAUUCCCCAAAACAGAUCCUAACCACACAUGAAGGUCCCAAAGGGGUCCAGUCACAGGCGACACAUGCCAACCAAGUCGACUGUCUGCAAGAGGCACCCAGGGAAGACAGGUGGACUGGACUCCCCAGGCCCCAGCAACUCAAGCGUCUUCCCUCCUUUUUGGAAAAGAAGAGAGAAGAUCCCAGGAGCCUCAUAUCCCCCCAGGACAGGUGGGAGCCAAAGUGGAAGGAGCUUCAGCAAGACCAGGAGAAGGAAGACCCCAAAACAGGGAUCUUCCUGGAGAACUCAAUAUCCAACAUCCAGGGACAGGAGCAGAGGGUCAGAGGGGCGCUGAAAGGGAUACUGGGGACUGAGGCGGAGGCCAGAGGGGUUCUUCCCAGGGCAGAGGGUCAGAGAACAGCAGAGAAUACUCGUGAGAGGGAAGCAGAUUGGGGUCGUGUCCAGAGGCUGCUGACCCCCAGUCCCAUAGGCACCAUGGAGGACACAGUGUGGAGGAGCAGGCAGGAGCAGAAGGCAUCUAGCAUUUCAGGGGAACACCAGGUGCUUCAGGACCCACAAACAAAGGAAAGCUCUACCACAGAGAAGCCACAAGAGCAAACAGGAGUGACCAGUGUGACCAGAAAGGCGGAACAGGAAGAGGUGAACUUGCAGGCUGUGGUCAAGAGUCUCAGACUUGGGCUCCAGAAGACCUGUGAGCAGACCCAGCACCAGGAGCAGCUGCUGAAGAAGCAGGAGGGGUUGCUGAAAGCCCUGCAGGAACAGCUCAGCAGGUGUCAGGAAGAGAGGGCCCAGCUGCAAGCAGAACUGGAGCAGAAGCAACAGGAGGCUGAGCAGAGGGAUGCCAUGUAUGCUGAGGAGCUUGGGGGGCAGCGGGACCUGGUCCAUGCCCUGAAGAGGCGGGUGCUGGAACUGAUUCAAGAGAAGGACCACCUGUGGCAGAAGGUCCAGCAGCUCUCGUCCCUGGCCCCGGGAUGCUGUGUCUGCUGUAGCAAGAUCUUCGGCCGGCUCUCUCGGCGGUACCCAUGCCGUCUGUGCGGAGGCCUAGUGUGCCAUGCCUGCGCUGGGGAUUUCAAGAAGAGAGAGCACUACUGUCCUGCCUGCACCCAGAAACGUGAAGCUCAGGACAUCUGA